AUGUAUGCCCACCACGUCACAGCUCCGCCGCAGUUCGACACGUCACCACCGUCUCGCGUGACGUCACGUCGCGGGGCCAGCGUCACGCUGACGUGCGCCGUCACGGGCGACCCUCCCCUGACGGUGGGGUGGGCGCUCCCCCCCUCCUCCCCCCGGGCACACCAGCUCCCCCAUCUCAGCUCGGUGCGGGAGGUGGGGGGGCGCGGGGGGCAGGUGCAGGCGACGCUGCGGUUGCCGCUCGUCGCGCUCGACGACGCCGGCGACUACGCGUGUAACGCGCGUAAUGCGCACGGCGACCGCACCUUCCUCGUCACGCUCAUCGUCGCCGUUCCACUCUCUGUCAGUCCAUUCGCGAUGGGGGAAGUGAAAGAAGGGGACCGAGUGCAAGCGAUGUGCUCUAUCAGAAGAGGUGAUCCACCCUUCACAGUCACGUGGUGGAAAGAUGGAAGAUCACUGAACAAGUUUCGCCGACGUCGUCAAAAUAAUGAUAUUCAGGAAGACGUUGGAUACGAGGACAUGGGCCAAUCAUCUGGAAUCGAUGAGGGUGUAUCUUCGAAACUCGACGCUGUGGAGCUGCACUCGGGCAACUACACCUGCCGGGUCAGCAAUGAGGUGCAGACGGCCUUCUUCACCGCUGAACUCCGUGGAGGGAGUUUUAGAGAGGUGCGGGAGGUGGGGGGGCGCGGGGGGCAGGUGCAGGCGACGCUGCGGUUGCCGCUCGUCGCGCUCGACGACGCCGGCGACUACGCGUGUAACGCGCGUAAUGCGCACGGCGACCGCACCUUCCUCGUCACGCUCAUCGUCGCCGAUGUUCCACCCGCUCCCCACGGAUUACGAAUCACGGCCCGUGGGUCCCGUGACGUCACGGUUGCCUGGUUUGGGGAUUCAGGGUCCCCAGCACAAGGCAGUACACCAUCAGGUUAUACACCAGCAGGGACCACUGCACCUGGAGGCUCAGAUCAGAUCACCAGCACCAGGUUCACAGUGCACAUCAUACCCCAGACAGACGCUUGGGACGAUGAGGCCUUGAACUCUGCGUUGAAUGGCGGGGCGCUGCAGCCCUCAGGUGGGCCAGGGAUGCCCUCAGGUGGGUUCAGCGUUGAGGUGGUGGGCACCAACACCGCCCACCUCACCCACCUGCAGCCCGCCCACAACUACCUGCUCAGGGUGACAGCAAUCAACGACGUCGGGUCGUCUCCGCCGUCAGAAGCGCUGCAGACAACUAGGCCAUCUAUUCUGUCCACUCCCCUGGUCAAUCGCAUUAUUAGGAAAUUCUUCGCCCUUGGGCAGGUGAGGACGCUGGGGGAGGCCCCGGGGGCGGCCCCUCAAGAGGUGCGGACCACCCCCACCUCCCCCACCCGCGUCCUGNCUGACGUGUGCUCGUCCCUUGCAACGGAGUCCCGCUACGUUGUCGUGAACAGGCCUUCAACUGCCGACUUCCCCAGGGGUUCAGAACCUUUUGGGGAUGCCAUUGAGCCUCCAAGGCUGGACCUGGGGAGGCCAGGGGUAGUUGGGCACACAUACGGGGCCAGCGUAGAGGGCCUUGAGGCCUACACGACGUACGACGUCAGGCUGCAGGCCUACAACGCCCAGGGCUUCGGGCCUCUCUCACCCGCCGUCCGCGUUACCACCGCAGAAGAACGUAAAUGUUAUCUAUUAAUGGCGCAAUUUAUAUAA